UAAUUGCCCAGGGCAAGCUGUGGUUGGCUGGGUGGCGCAGAGGAGGGUUAUCUUCCCAGCAGUGCUCCUCGAACUCUGUUUCCUGUCGUGCAGAAACGGAGAAAGGCGCUAUUGGGACACUCCGCUAGCUUGGUAGUAUAUAAUGCAGAUCAUCAAGGAGAUUUCCAGUCGAAGGAGUUAAGAGUAACUUGACGCCUCUUGCUCAUUCUCGACAGUUCUGAGCGAAUAGCUAGCGUAUCCUGUGAUAAGCAGUAUUGGACUAGCAGUCGCAUUGUUGGGACUCGCCAGGUGCUCGGUGUGCCGGAGGACCUCGUAGUGGGCAAACAUGAAGCUCCUGUUGGUUUUGGCCUUUGUGCAGCUGUUCCCUGUACCAGCACUCUUUUUUCAGGACGGCAGACAGCAUGCCGGGGAUUACUGGGAGGACUGGGGGCCCUGGGGCGACUGCAGCCGCAGCUGCGGGAGCGGAGUCACCGUCCGCCUGCGCAGAUGCAUCAGCCAGAGGUCGGAUGGAGGGAACAAUUGCGUGGGACCCGCCAAGUCUUACCGUUCCUGCAACAUACAGGACUGUCCUGAGGGAUCCCGGGAUUUUCGGGAGGAACAGUGCUCCCAGUUUGAUGGGCAGGACUUCCAAGGGAAGCUGUACAAGUGGCUUCCUUACUAUGGAGCGGAGAACCCUUGUGAGCUGAACUGCAUCCCCAAGGGGGAGAACUUCUACUACCGGCACCAAGCGGCCGUGGUGGACGGCACGCCCUGCCACCCGGGGCGCCGGGACAUCUGCGUGGAGGGGGUCUGCAAGCGACUGGGCUGUGAUCACAUGCUGGAAUCGCCUCAUGAGGAGGACCCCUGUUUGCAGUGCGGGGGAAACGGCCAGUCCUGUUACCUGGCCAGGAACAGCUUCUCUGUGCCCAGCCUGCCCAAAGGGUACAAUCAGAUGUUUAUCAUCCCCGUGGGAGCUACCAACAUCCGUAUCCGAGAGACAGUCCCCUCGCGCAACUACCUGGCCAUCAAGAAUCUGCGCGGGGAGUACUACCUGAACGGGCACUGGGUGAUCGACUACUCACGGGCGUCGCCCAUCGCCGGCACCGUGCUGUACUACCAACGGGGCGCGGAGGGAGAGUCAGUCCCCGAAACCAUCACGGGACGGGGGCCCACGACUGAACCCCUGAUUGUAGAGAUCAUCAGCCAGGAGCAGAACCCGGGUGUGGAGUACGAGUACUACCUCCCGCACAACCGGCCCGCUGAGAGCCAGUACUGGAGCUACGGCUCCUGGACCCCGUGCAGCAGGGAGUGCGGGACAGGGUACCAGUCCCGGCUGGUGUUCUGCACCGUCGACAACGAGGCCUACCCGGAUCACAUGUGCCAAGCCCAGCCCCGCCCUCUGAACAACCGUACCUGUAACACCCAGGCCUGUCCGCAAACUCACAGGAUGGCGUACCUGUACCAGCCGCUAGUGUGGAGGCCCUUGGAGAGGCCCAGAACGUUUGUGUACAGCUGGAAGACGGCGGAGUGGAGCGUCUGCACGGCCACGUGUGGCGGGGGCUCCCAGACGCGCAGCGUGCAGUGCAUAUCCCAUGAGGCCGAGGGGCCGCGCGUGGUGGAGGACAGCGUGUGCGCGGCCUACGCGCCGCGGCCCGCCAGCCAGCAGGCCUGCGGCCUUCAGCAGUGCGCCGAGUACAGCACCUCCUCCUGGGGCCCGUGUUCAGUGACCUGUGGCGCCGGCGAGCAGACCCGCGACGUGGUGUGCAUCGGGGCGGGCGGGGCCCGUCUCCAGGACUACGCCUGCGGCUUGAGGCCCCGCCCGCCGCACAAGCAGCCCUGCCAGAUGCCCCCCUGCUUCCGGCGUAUCGCCUGGCACAUCGGCGACUGGGGCCUGUGCUCCAAGAGCUGUGGUUCCGGUCUGCGCGAGCGUCAGGUGAUCUGCUCCGACCGGGACCGCAUCCUGUACACGGCCGACCGCUGCAGCCCCCACCCGAAACCCCCCACGGUGGAGUCCUGCAACGCGCAGGCCUGUUUCUUUCCGCAGCUUGUACCCAGUAUGCAGGAUCCAAGCGGCCAUGACAACACCAUGCUCGGGUUCCGGCCCUUCAACGACAGCUCCACUUCAGUCCAUAGGCCGAAUAUUGCGAACCCGUCCCUCCCCAACAUCUUUGACGGCUACCAGCGGAACUGUUCCCAGUCCUACUACGGCUGCUGCCCUGACGGGUUCACCCCUGCCAACGGACCUCAGGGCCAGGGCUGCCCCCAGGGGUCCUGCGUACGGAGCAGGUACGGGUGCUGCCUGGACGGUGUGACCGUGUCUCCGGGUCCCAAUCGGGAAGGGUGUCCCGAGAACCCGGGGCUGCCCCCCACGGACCCGUUCCCGGCCCAGCCCAACGCCCCCAGGGACUGCCGGCUCAGCCUCUUCGGUUGCUGUGACGACCAGGUGACGCCGGCAUUAGGACCCCGCAAGGAGGGGUGUCGGAAUGCCCCCACAGGCGGCCACCGAGGGGUGUGCUCCGAGCCCCGCCUCCCCGGCCCGUGCAGCGACUGGACGGCGCGCUACUACUACGACCCCGCCGCCGGCGCCUGCUCCCACUUCUGGUACGGGGGUUGCCAGGGCAACGGCAACAACUUCGCCUCGCGGGAGGACUGCCAGCGGGAGUGCCAGGGCUGGCCCCGGAGCCAGCCGCACACGGUGCAGGUGGCGGCGCGCGGGGGCGGGAGGGAGGACGCCGCCGCCGCCGCGCCCGACCGCUCGCGGGACAUGAGGAGGGUGUUCACCGUGUCCUCCUCCGGGAGGCAGCGGGGAACCAGCACCGGCGCGGCCUCCGAGGCCCACAGGGCCCAGGUGCGCCUGCGCCGCCCCGCCCCCGACCAGGUGCAGAACGAGAGUUUAGGUGACUGCAUAAUCUGCCGCCCCUGCACUGUCUGUGUCUCUACACCCUUCUCUCCUCCUGUCCCCCCUCCCCCCCCCCUCCGCCCCUCCAGCGUGGCAGGCGUGAGCAUCGAUCAGUCGGACCCCUCCACGGUGGAGGGGCGCGUGGGGCAGAGGGUGGUGCUGCCGUGCCGGGUCACCCCCCUGCCCUCCUCCACCGUCGUGGUGGAGUGGAGGAGAGACGGCGUCCCGCUCACCGCCAACAGGCAUCAGCAGCAGCCCAACGGCUCCCUGCUGGUGGGGCCCCUGACCCUGCAGGACUCCGGCUGGCUGCUCUGUGUGGCCACCAGGGGUCAGGAGAGAGACCACCGCUACAUUUACCUGUCCGUCUCGGAGUCGCCCCAGACGGACCCCGGCCCCCCCAUCCAUGGCGGAUCUGAUUGGCCGAAUUCUGGAAGCGACCAGUCGUCUGAAGUGCCCCGACAGAACUCCCCCAGGUUCAGUAUCGACCAAUCAGGCUCCUCGCUGGUGCAGCGGCGGGUGAAGCAGACAGCCAGACUGCCCUGCAGAAUCAGCCCCGCCUCUGCCUCGUCUUCAGUCAACAUCGAGUGGACCAAAAAUGGACUUCCCGUCAACUCCCUGAGACACACUCAGCAAUCAGAUGGCUCAUUGGUUAUUGGUCCGCUGACCUCUGAGGACUCUGGGUUCUACACCUGCACUGCCUCCACCCACCACCAGAGGGAGCACAGACAACUGCAGCUCAAAGUAGCUGAGGCCCUGCGGAUUACUACAGCCCCCAAUAACGUACACGUGUCCCGGGGCAGCACCGCCCACCUCCCGUGUGUGGUGUCCGGGGACAACGUCAACGUUGGCUGGUCCAGGAACGGCGUGCCGGUGCGGCCGGACGGCGGCCGCGUUCAGGUGUCGGUGGACGGCAGUCUGAUCCUCAACAACGUGCAGCCGGCGGACGAAGGUGCGUACACCUGCAACGCCUACAUCGGAACUUUCUCUGUCAGUGCCACGGCCGAGGUGCGCGUCAGCAAGGACACACAGCCAGGACCCGGGCUGGGUUUGCCCUCGGACUGCGUGGAUCAGCCGGAGCUGGCCAACUGCGAGCUGAUCAUCUACGCCCGCCUGUGCUCCAGCCAGUACUACUCCAGCUUCUGCUGCGCCAGCUGUGCCCGGCACAGCCGGGGGGGCGCCGCCGCGCUGGGCUAGGCCUGCGGGGGAGCCGGGCCCCGAGGUCAGGAGGUCAGGAGGUCAUGUGGUCCUGUGAGGGGGCCAAGGGACUGGCUGCAGCUAGGCAGGCUCAAGGACCAUUCUCCCCCUCCCCGCCCCCCCCUCCAGAACUUAACUUCAUACAGCAGUACCUUAACUUCAUUCACACACCUGAAUUUCAGAAGCCGAGGACCUGAACUUGAGACCCAUUUCCUGUGGUGGAGUAUAGUCGUGACCCUAUGAUUUUUAUUUUUCUUUUUUUUUUGUAGAUUUCGUAAGCAUUUCUGUUCAGGGAAUUCAGUACAUGUAUACAUUUUUUUAAAUAAAAGUUUAGUUUGAGUUAUGUCUUCGUGGGAAUGGGAUGUGAUCGUUUUUGGCAGCAAAUAAGUUUAGAAGUGUACCAUUACUGCCAUCCUAAGUGUUAGUUGAAUGAGACUUUGUGCAAGGAGCGGUAACGAUGAACAGAUAUUUGGUCAGUUUAUUUGUUCAUAACUCGGCACAGUAGGACCGGCCAUGGUUUCGUGCCUUAACCUCUGCCUGUAUCGUGUACACAGUGUGACCAAAGAUGGUUUGUGAGUGUCCACGGGGGAGGGGCAUUCAGUAAAAGUUCAUUUCCUCAUGCCCUUCUGAAAUGGGGUUUCAUGAACCACCACCAUGUGUGAAUCUCAUUCGCUCAGUGGCCACUUUAUGAUGUGAGAGAUGCCAGGUUUGGUAUGUCAUGUCCUCUAAAUUAUUUUGAGAUAAUUAUGAGACAGUACUGGGCAUGCGUCUGCGAUUUGUGGGGGUCAUAGGUCUUGACCUUCCUGACGGGCGCUCAAGUUAUUGAGCCUUAUUUCUUAUGAUUGGUUAGAUUGGCCAGUGUAUGUGUGAUUGGCCAGUUAAAAUGAGGAGAAAUCAGGCCAGUCCAAUGUGGGAUGUAUCUGCGGAUCGAGGCCCGUGUUCAAACCAUUUAACGCUGAAAGUAUUCCUCACACUGGACUGAAGCCAGUUUUUUAAAUUUUUUAAAGAUUUUUUUAAAACCUUGAAAGUUAUAUUGAGGUGUGUAACGGUUCCAGUAUUUGGAGUAACAUUUUGCAGAAGGUGAAUACUGAAAUAUAUCAAUUAAACCACAGUUGAACAGCAUACAAUUUCUUAGAUGUAUGUGUGGUUAAAAGCGUGUACAUUUAACAUGUUACGCUUACAUCCUAGCCAUUUACAAUACACUCCUAUCCAGAGUGAUUUAAAAAGCUACAUACUGCCCAUCUAUACAGCUGGUUAUUCACUCAAGCCAUCCAGGUUAAGUACCCUGCUUAAGGAUAGGAAGGAGGCAGCACACCUGGGAAUCAAACCAACAACCUCAUGAGUCGCAAACCCAGAUCCUUGAGCUUUAUGCUGCGAUGUAUUUAUCUUUGUUUUUAUCAGUGUUUCUUUUUUUUCCCCUUUUUUUUUUAAAUGAAUGAAUUAAAGAAAAGGGUCAAAUGGAGUUUCUGUCCAAACUUAACGGCUUCCGGAUUUCUGCAGGCUUAUGGAAAUGAAAUGUACUUCAGUAUGGGGUAAAUGAUUAAUAUAUUUCACAACAGUGUAGUAUAAAAUAUACAUUACUAUAUCUGAAAACAGCAAUUUGUAUAUUUAUGCUUAUUUGGUGAAGUGUUGCAAUGUCUUUAUAAUAUAUUUUAUUUCUGUUUAUAUUCAGCAUAUUCUGUUUCUGCAAUGGCAGUGCCCACAAUUGAUAAAAUCCAAAACAAUUUUUUGCCAAUGAUAGAAAUCUCGGACACACAUUGUCCGUGAGGAUAACUAAGAGAAAUCACCCUUUUAGUGUGAUGUACGUCCUGAUGUUUGCUUUCCAGAAAUGAGUUAGGUGUCAUUUUGUUUUGUAACUUCUCUCCACAUUAAAAUCUAUUUUUUUUAUGAAAGGCUUCCCAUUCAAAUUAAACAAGCUGGAACUACAACUUUGAGUUUUUUUUUUAGGUAAUUUGUUUUCUGGGGUGUUUAUAGUAAAUGAUUUCUUAAACUCUAGAAGUUUCCAGUUGGUUAUUAAAAUGUAUGUUAAUGAAUAUGGCCCCCAUGUUUGUUUUAAUUCCUGUUAUUGUUUAUUUGUAAUUAUUGUGUUAAAUAAAAAAAAUAUUUUCAUUA